GUGCUUGCUUACGUGAGAUUAUUUAAGUAGCGUCGAUGACAAGUGUCCAAGCUGAAAGUGUCAUUACUAGGAUUGUUAAAGAAAUAGUUCAGCAGUGUAUUUUAAGAGGACAUGAAGUUUCUGAGACCCUUGUGGCAUUUAUUGUUAAAGCAGUUGUUCUUGAUCCUGAAUCAGGAUUUCUACCUGAUAAACCACUUGGAAAUGAAGACAUAAAGAAGUUGAUUGAACUAUGUGUCAACAGAAUAACUAACCAACGGUCACCAUCCAUCGACACGAUAAAAAUGCAGAUUUUCUUCGAAUUAAAUCAUCUUAAGAAAAACGAAUUCCUAAACGAGCAUCAUCGCGUAUUAGAAAAGCGUUUGGAACCUGUGUUACGUGAAGUUAUGGAGAGUAGAGCAAAAUUACGGGAAGAACUAGAAGCUGCUUAUCAAAAUAUUAUAUCAGCUAUAUUAUUAAGAUCAGGUCUUGGAUCUCCAACGAACAUGGAAGUUAUCAAAGAAACUACAGCUGCACUUCAAAGUAUCUUUCCACAGACAGAUAUUGCAAGCUUCUUAGCAGCUAGUGCUAAUCAAAAAAGAAAACAAUUAUAUGAAUUUACUGGUCUAGUCACUGGUAUACGUCUAUAUAACAAAGACUGUAAUAAAGGAGGAGCUGGAAUUGAUGAUCUCCCACAUUUAUUAAGUGAAGGAGUGCCUAUAACACUAAAAACAGUUGGUGAAGAAAUUGGAAAAUCCAAUGAACUGGCUGCUAUUUACACAAGUCUUUUCUUGAAAUUAUCUACUAUUGAUCCGACGCCCGAAGUUAGUGCUUUAAUAAGCACUGCUAAAGAUAUGGAGAUUACACCGGACUAUUUACGGGCUGCUGUAGUCAAUGCUAGACAAUACGGAAAUUUUCUGAGAAUUAUUGAAAGCGAGCUUAAUGAAAUGUUGGCAAGCAUAGAAAAAAUAGUUGAUAGCUUUCAAAGUCUAAUGAAAAAGUUGCAUACUGUAAUAAGUGAUCGUCCAGCUGUACCAAGUAACGAAGUUUAUCCUGGAUUCCUACAACUUGCCAAUUAUUGGACAAGUUUCCAAGAUGAAAUGGUUUUCCUAUCAGUAUUAACCAGUACUUUAAAUACAUUACAAACAUAUUUUGUUGGACGUCAGUUAAAAUGGACAAAAGAACAAAUGUAUAAUUUUAUUUCAGAUAAUGAGGUUACAUUCGACGAAGAUCGUAAGCAUCAUGAGCCAUUAAAUGCAGAGUACUGUAAGGGAAAUCAGUGUGUUUUCCCACAUUCUUCACCAGGCGAGACUAAUCUUAAUAUUGAAUGUGAAGGAUUUUGUAUCUGGUCAUUAGUACGUUAUCAAGGUCUACUGGUACCAGCUGAUGUUCAUAUGGGAGUGUUAGUCUUGCCUCCAGAUAAUAAAAUGUAUGCAUUCAGUACACCUGAAGCAGCAAAAGAAUUUGUGAUGGAUUCCGAUAAUUUUUUAAAGGCUAUACCAGAAGUUGUACGACGUUUACCUGAACUAAUUCCAAUUUUGAAACUUAAUUACCUUUUUUCAAAAGGAAUUUCUUGUACGAAUAAUCAAUUUUCUAAAAAUCAAGGUUCUAAGUUCGACUCCGGCACGCAAACAUUAUUGCAUCCAAUAGAAACGUAUAUUGAUAAAAAUUAUCAUUGGAAUGAGUGGGAACUGAGAAAAAAUGCUUUAAAGUUGGUAAAUUUGCGGAAAAAAGCCACAGAUUCUGUUCAAACAAUUUUAAGCAACUGGAAAAGAGAUAAUGCAACUCAAGUUUAUUUAAUGAAAGAAACUGGUACAACAACUAAAGAGGAUGGUUAUACACAAGUUCCAAAACCAAGCGUAUUUAUACAUGGAUUACGUGGUUGUGGUGCUAUUGAUUCAGUGCCGAAUGCAACUGAAGCAGUGAAUAAUCAAGAAAGUUGGACAAAAUUAUAUCGUGAAACAAUUGCUACAAAAAUUGAUUUAACUAUACCUGUGGAACAGCAAUUAUUGGGAAAUUUGCAUAAAGUAACAAUGAAUUAGAACAUAUGAUUUUAAGACAGAAAAAUUUAAAUGUUAACGUAUACCUCAUUGAGAAUUCAUGUAUUCCAAAGUUAAAUUAUGGCAGAUUAUUUGAAAAUGAACAUUGUAA